AUGUCGCCGCCGCGCUUCAACUUUCCACCGGAACGCUACUCCGCCGUUUACACGGGCGACGCGACGUGCGCGAAUGUCGUUAAUUGUACAGCUGCGGGAUGCGAACCCUGCGAUGUGCGUAGUCUUGUCAGCGCUCCCACGUCUGAUCCGUCAACGCCGCCAAGUUCUUUGUUUAGUUGUUUUCAUUGUGCGUUUCGUAAUGGUCUAAACGUUCUCCAUAAGGAUAAACAUGCUGCAAAGAAAAAGGUAAGAUUAGGA